GCACGGCAGCAGGACUCCGUAGUCCUUGCUGUGCUCGCCACACUUUAGUUGUUGCUUAGAAUGCGUGGCAUGCCACACACGGUGUGAAAAAUGCGGAAAAAGCGUUAGAAGUCCACAACAAAAAGAAAAGAGAAAAAUGUUUGCACAACAAAAUGUGAUAAAGUAAAUGUAUUUUGGCAAAGUUUUAAUUCAACUUUCUUUCUGCGCACAAACCAUUUAGGCACAUACCAAUGAAGUCGUCCAAGAGUGCGGCGCACAAGAAACCAAAACCGAUGGAUUAUACGAACUAUGCAUAUAAUGAGGCCGUUAGCCGGCUGAAGCUAAUGUUGGCCGAAUCAUAUGCCCCGCCCAGCAGAGGAGGUGGCGCUGGUUCUGCUGCUGGCGGCAAUGGCGCUUCGGGGGCGUAUAUGCGGCACGUGAAUGAGGACUCGACCGAUAACUACUCGGAUAACUUGUCGGUCAUCGAACGUCCCGUGUAUUCGGAUAUCUCGAAGUACUUGUCGCCAGCACAGAAAUCACGCCUCAGUCCAGGCGUACGCAGCAAGCAGAAACCUUUCAAUGCCUUCUCGUCCUCCAAGGAGAAUUUGACAUUACAAAUGCCCUAUGCGGCCAGCACUACGACAGCAACAGCACCACUCGAUUAUUAUGCGUCCAACAAAACGCAGCCGCAGGCGGUCACUGAUAGCGUCCACGCACCGGUGGAGAUCUUCAAUUUCAUUGAAAAACAAGAAGACUACAUUGAACAGCUGGAGAAAGAGUCCAAAUACUGCCGCAACGAGUUAACCAAUUUACUUGGCAAAGUCAAAGACGUCAUCAACGAGAACACGCACCUCACGGAGACCGCACGUUCCGAGCUAGCCACAUUAGGCGGUGUCGAUAAGACACUGCCCGCAACGAGUCCUUCUUCCGACAGUGACGAACAACAGCAUUAUAAAAAGAAAACUUCUACCACGCCACGUAGUAAGAAAGAAACUUCGUCUGCCGCCGUAAAGUCGCCACGUUAUGCUUCGGCGCCAAAUAUUGUCUAUGAAGCGCGCAUAAGUGAGCUUGAGGCGGAGCUUAUGCAAGCCAAUAUUGAUUUGAAACGUUUGAAGACGGAAAAUGAAGAACUCAAACGCAAAUUGGCACACGUUGACCCACUAGUGCUGGCUGGUGCCCAUACACAUGCGCCAGCGAGCAGCUCGUCCACCAAUAACUGCGACGCGCAUCGCAAGCAAAUCGAGCAUUUGCAAGUGGAGAAGAAUGCGCUUGAGGAAAGUGUACGCCAGCUGCGGAAACUAUUGGAUGACGCCAAGUCUGAGCAGUAUACAAGCAGCACAUCAUCCAAACGCUACAUAAACGAUCUGGUGCAGAUGGAGCGUGCUCAAGCCGAGCUGGAGGUGAAGCAUCUGCGUGAGGAGCUCGAUCGGCAGCACGAACGUGUACGCGAACUGCAACAUGAGAUGGCGCGUCGUAUUGCAGACGAGCGUGCCACUGCCGAGCGACGCUACAACACGCAGGUCGAUCAAUUGGGCGGCGAUCUGAGCAGUCAGUGGGAACAGGUGGCCAAAUUGCAGUUGGAUUUAGAGCGUGAAAAACGCUAUGCGAAUGAUAUGAAGCGUGAUCUCUCGAAUCGCAAUGCACAGAUCGAUGAGUUGAAGAUGGAGUUGCGUUCCAAUCGCAAUACCUUCCUCGCCGAUAUGGCGCAGGUAAAUGCGGAAAAGCAAUCGUUAGAACAAGAGAUCACGGCAUUGCGACUACAAUUGGACCGUGCGGCGCGUGAGGCGAAAACCGAGGCGACGCGUCUGACAGCCGAGAUAACAUCGUUGCGACAGCGUUUGGAUCGUGGCGAUGCUGAUUUAUUGCAUUCCAAGCGCGAAAUAUUACGCCUCAACGAUGAGAUCGCCAAUUUGGAGAAGGAGCUGGCUUAUGGCGAAAUGAAAAAUGAAAUCCGUCCUACCAAAAAGGAUUUAGACAAACGUAUUUCCGAAAUGCAGGACAAGCAUGUAGCAAAAAGCACCGCAGCAACAACAACAACAACGAAAACACUGCCGACAGGUCUAAUUAUGAACACGAAGGCGCAGUUGGCCACAAAAGCACCGGCAACAACCGCCAAAGUGUCGGGCGAGACACCUACAAUAGCGAAAAUAGCAACGCCAACAACAUAUGCAGCAACAACAACAACUACAACAAGCGGCAUCGCGUGGUCUGUGCCGACGGCGCAACUUACAAGCACAACACCAACACGACAAACGACGACAGCCAAAGCGCCCGCAACAAAAACACUACUUAUGACUACAACAACAUGGCCGACCACAACCACCAACACUACGCUGACAACGUCAAAACAAAAACAAUACAAGCCCAACGCCAUGAUGGAAUUGGUGACGGGUACAAAACCAAAAAACGUCACGUCAGCCCACACUUGCUCGGACGCAAACGGAAGCGCGUACGCUUCGCCGCCUAAAUGGCCCAGCACCGUUAAUGAAUUGCAUGGGCGUAAAGCAGCCGAAGCAGAAAGCGUGCCCACAACCGGCUUCACAGCACUUGCACAAACGCACACGCGACGUUACCGCUACGGCAGCGAUGAGGACAUACUGGCGAACAUAACGAAGAGCAAUGAACGACUCGAACGCGAAUUGGCGAAAAUGCCACCACUACCGACCACCAUGUCCUUUUCGGCGUAUCGUCGUCAACAGCGUUGCGUACAUUUAUAUCGCACACCGUUGGCCGCUUACCGGCCACGCAGCGCCAGCGAUGAGGGACGCCGCGUGGCGGCGGCGCGCACCGAAACGCAUUGCGGUCGUUGCGGCGCUAUCGGCGGCAUCUACGGCACACAUUGUAGUUGUAGUAAACACAUGAAACACGUAGUGACUAGCGCACAUUUGGAGCCAACGGCAUGCACAUCAUGUUGUUGUAGUGCAAACAAAGCAACCACGUGUAAGCAAACACUUAACACUGAGGAGCGCCAAUUUUCAUUUGGCAGCGCGCACACUUUGGGCCGCCCAGAAAGUAAUUUCAUUGUGGACACAACGAACGCAACGAAUAUAGACACAACAACACCACCAGCAACAGUAAAUGCAAGCGCCAGAGGCCGCAGUUUGCACAGAAAUUGUCAAAAUUUUGCUUGGAAUGCGCACGCCUCGGCCACAAUCAGCACGUCCGGCAGAGGCGCCUGUAAAGCGCACAGUAGACUAAGCGACUGCAAGGCGUCAGCGGAAACAAAAACUUCAUUGACGGAGCAAUCGUGCACUAAACGAGCUCCUUCGCCUACUAUACACUCGUUAAAUACAACUCAGCCUUCCGCACAGAGCACGAAUCAUACGCGCACACAAUGCUCCUGUGCGACUGGCUGCGGAGGUGGUCCGAAACUCUGCACCGCUUGUAAACCACAAGCGUCAGCGAAUAUUUGCGCCACGAACACAUACCAAACGCCUACGUGUCACCCCGCCUAUGGUCAUUGCAAAACGGAACCGUUGCCUUGGCUGCAACAGCAUCUAGUUUUGAAUCAAACUUUUAGUGGUCUCGAACAUCUAACGGCCGCCGCAGACGUUUGUCACGCAUGUCAGAGCCCAUGUCAAGGUGAACACUUGACGGUGCCAACUGAGAGCAAAGCAAACACACAUGUAGCAAACGAACACACAGCCGGCACGUCAGAAAGCGCUAAACGGCCGGCGCCAACAACGAAAAGCAAGCCACGCGCCUACUUCGAAGAGUUAUUGCGACGCGAGGAAUGUUGUGGCGUGAAGAGAGUGAGCAGUAAUAUGCUGCGCGAUUGCAUGAGUCACGGCGAAACGCUCGUGCAGCAGAAGAAGCCACGUCCGCCUGUUAAAGUGGAUGUAAAUGUGCGUUUGGUGCCCAAAGCGGGCAAGGAACGCAAAAUCGACACAGACACAGGAAAUACAAGUGCUAAAACACCACUCGAAGUUAAAGUUAAUUUGACACAGCCUGCGCCAGCGACAAGUGAGCGUAUAAAGGAGAGCGCGCAAAGCGGUCGAAGUGAAGCGCGCGCCCCAGCUUUGGACAUACCGGAACUGGCUUUGGAUGAUUUGGAACUAGACGAUUGCGAUGCAGCUGCAAAUGUGGAGCAAUAAUUUUUGAUUCACUUUUAGCUUAACGAACGGAAAUAUCAACUUUACAAUUGAAUGUAGAAUAUUUAACCAAUCGCAUGCUAAACAGCGAGCGUCUUGGAAAGUUAGAUA